UUUAUUUAAGUCGGCUAUGUCGGUAAAAAAGAUUCCCAACUGACAGUCAUAAAAAUUUAAGUUUUUCGGAAAGAAUCAUCGCAACCCAAGCAGAAAUUCUCACUUUCUACGUUUUUAUCAUCAUUAUUCUAUCAUUACACUUGAAAUAUUUCCAAAAUGGCGUCGAUUUUCAAACGUAACACCCCGCAAAGAUUGAAGCAGAUUUUCCAACGCCCUGUAGUGCAUGAUGUCAAUUCUGUAAGAGCAUAUCGAUUUCCAACCUAUGAGAUAACACUAAUGGCGCAUGGCGAGUGCGAAGAUGACUUAACCAAACAAUUCACCGGAUGGAUUGAUUCCAAGCUGUCGCCAUUCGGCGUGGAGCAAGCAAAACGCGCUGGAAAGAUCAUGGCGAUGGAUGAGUCACAUUUCCACGUGGCUUAUACAAGUGAGUUGGAACGUGCGCAAGCAACAGUUAAACAUGUCCUGGAACCAUUGAUGGUACAACCGAAAGUGUUUGCAACAUGGCGGUUGAACGACAGACAUCUUGGUGAUCUUAGUGGUUAUAAUCGUAGUCAGAUGGCGUUGGUGCACGGCGAGAGGAAGAUUAAAGAAUGGUCGGAGGAAUACAGCGCUAUGCCACCUAUCAUCAAAGUAGAAAACCCGCAGUAUAAGAGUAUCAUGGAUAAUAUGCAUAAGAAACAUUUGACAACUGAUCAAAUCCCACGUGCAGAAUCCGUCCAGAUGGUUUAUAAUCGUGUGCUGCCAUAUUGGGAGAAUAUCAUAGUGCCUUCUUUGAAGAUGCGUAACAAAGUGAUUGUUAUCGCGCAUAAUACAUCGCUCUGUGCGUUGAUAAGACGCUUUGCUGAGUUGAGUGAAAUGGAGGCUGUGCAUGUGUCUCUGCCGCCUGCGAUUCCGUUUACAUUCACGCUGGAUAAUCACUUGAAGAUUAUCAAGGGUAAGAAUGUGAAGAAUAGUAAUAAGACGCGUGCGCAGUUUGUUCAGUCACCGCAAGCUGCAAAUGCGAAUGUUACGGCUGCAACGCCAUCUGGUGUGGGUACGGCGUAAGUAAAAGGAAGAUUUUAAGUUUUAAGCGUGGAGAAGUUGAUAAAAAGUAUAGGAAACGGAAAUUUAUGUUACAUCUUGAUUAUUGUGAUGGAACUAUUUGGGAGAAAUAUAUUUUGAGUGUUUUUGA